AUGGACUUCAAGAAUUUCGGCAAGAACAUCACUUCCUUCGGGGCUUCCAUUACCCCCUUCGCCUCCCGUACCUUUCAGUACACCAAGGAGCAGCUCGGCCAGGCUGAGGACAAGACCCAGCUCCCGCCCGACUAUAUCGACCUCGAGAAGCGCGUCGAUGCUCUUAAGCAGGUUCACCAGAAGAUGUUGGCUGUAACCUCUCAAUACUCGAACGAGGCCUAUGAUUAUCCUCCCAAUCUCAAGGAGACCUUCCAGGAUCUCGGCCGCACCGUCAGCGAGAAGGUUUCCCUGCUCUCUUCCGCCGCCUCUCCUGCGGAGGCUCAGGCCGCACUGACGGCCCCUCCCACCGCGAAGCCCCAGCCCAAGACCUUCAACCAUGCCAUUGCCAGAGCUAGUCUCUCCAGCAGCCAGGUCUUGCACCAGCAACACACCGGUGCGGGGGAGGACCCUUUAGCUACAGCCCUUGAGAAAUACGCCCUGGCCAUGGAGCGCGUCGGCGAGGCCCGCAUGGCCCAGGAUGCCCAGAUCCAGAGCCGCUUCCUUGCUGGUUGGAACACCACCUUGAACACCAACCUCAAGUUCGCUACUCGUGCCCGCCAAAAUGUCGAGAAGUCGAGAUUGACCCUUGAUGCCGCCAAGGCCCGCGCUCACGGUACCACCUGGAAGAUCGGCCCCGGCUCUCCCCGUCCGGAUGAACACCAGCCUCAAGAGCUGAGCCCUGAGGCGCAGGAAGAAAUUGAGAAAGCCGAGGACGAGUUCGUUACGCAGACCGAAGAGGCUGUCGGUGUCAUGAAGAAUGUCCUUGACACCCCUGAGCCCCUUCGCAACCUUGCCGACCUCAUUGCUGCUCAGAUUGAGUACCACAAGCGGGCUUACGAGAUUCUGAGCGAGCUUGCUCCCGUUGUGGAUGGUCUGCAGGUUGAGCAAGAGGCCAGCUACCGCAAGAGCCGUGAAAAUGCCUCUUAA